CGAAGGUGUCCAAACUGACAAUGCUCGUGAGAUGAAGAUAGCGCUGCUUCUGCUUCUGAGCUCAAGGAGGACGCGAGGAAUCUACAAGCCGACAAGAUGAGAUCCAAGGCGAGGGCGAGAAAACUGGCCAAAAAUGAAAGUGAGGCAGUAGACAGCAUGUACGACACAGAGCCCAAUCUCGUGACUGGCGAGAGCGCAGAAGAGGAGACAGAAGACAGCAUCAUGUCCCCCAUUGCUGUGGGGCCCUCCUCUCCUCAGCCCUGCAAUGAGGACUUUACUCCUAAAGAGGGCUCACCCUAUGAGGUGCCCGUCUACAUUCCCGAUGAUAUUCCCAUCCCUGCCGAUCUGGAGCUCCGUGAGUCGUCCGUUCCAGGGGCUGGCCUAGGAAUCUGGGCCAAAGUCAAAAUUUGCAUGGGAGAAUUCUUCGGACCGUACAACGGACUUCAGAGUGCCAUGGUGAAAGAGACCACUUAUGGAUGGGAGCAAAUGCUGAAUGAUCAUGAAACGUCGUCUCAAGACAGCUGUAUUAAAAAGGUAAUGGACAACAUGGGUGAUGUGAAGUACUGUCUGGACGGGGCUCUGGAGGCCAGCGGGAGCUGGCUCAAAUAUGUGCGCACUGCCCCGUGCCAUGAAGAGCACAACCUGGUCAUAUGCCACAUCAGCGAAGAUCAGAUCUAUUAUAAAGCUGUUAGAGAUAUUGAAAUAGGGGAGGAGUUACUGGUUUACAUGAAGGACGGAGUUUUCCCCGAGGGCUCAAUGGCACCGAACCUGGAAGAUGAGCAGAUGUACCGCUGUGAACACUGUGAUGAGCUCUUCACAUCGAAGCUGGAGUUACGGCGGCAUCAGAAAUACUCCUGCAGUAGCAGCAACUCUAUCUUUGACUCACUAAGCGAAGACUUCAAACAGGAGCACGAAGACAGCGAUGAGCCGGUGCACGAGUGCAAAGACUGUGAAAAGAUCUUCCCUAGCGAGUACAGUCUGGGGCAGCACAUGAUCGUACACACAGAUGAGAGAGAGUAUAAGUGUGACCAGUGCCCCAAAGCUUUCAACUGGAAAUCCAACCUCAUUCGCCAUCAGAUGUCACAUGACAGUGGCAAGCGCUUUGAGUGUGAAAACUGUGAUAAGGUGUUCACAGACCCCAGCAACCUCCAGCGUCACAUCCGCUCUCAGCACGUCGGUGCCCGAGCCCACACCUGCCCUGAGUGUGGCAAGACCUUUGCCACCUCCUCGGGCCUCAAGCAGCACAAGCACAUACACAGCAGUGUCAAGCCUUUCAUCUGUAAGUCUGAGCAGUCUUGUCUAAGCCUCAGAUACAAUUACCAGUGUCCAAAGACCUCCCGGCUAGCUCCACCCCAAGAUUGUGACAGCUGUUGUUUUAUAGGUGAGGUGUGUCACAAAUCGUAUACCCAGUUCUCUAACCUGUGCCGUCACAAACGGAUGCAUGCAGACUGCCGCUCCCAGAUCAAGUGCAAAGACUGUGGGCAAAUGUUCAGCACUACCUCCUCCCUCAACAAGCAUCGGCGCUUUUGUGAGGGCAAAAACCAUUAUAAUCCCGGAGGCAUAUUCACACCGGGCAUACCAAUGACAUCCAGUCCCAUUUUAGGCAAGUCCAAGUCUCAUCAUGGCUUGAACCAUAGUGGACUUGGCUUCGGGGAUUACUUCCCAUCCAGGCCGCAUCAUGCAGGUUUGCCCUUUUCUCCAGCACCCCCUGGAUUCCCAACCCUUUCCCAUGGCUUCCCAGGGCUCUUUCCCCCAUCACUAUAUCCUAGACCGCCAUUGUUACCUCCUAGUCCACUGCUCAAGAGCCCAAUUAGUAACAGUCAAGAUGGGAAGCUGCCUCCUCUUGAUGCUCCUACUCUUUCUGCAGUUGCAUGUAUGAACAACAGCAAUGGCAAUGUAGGGAGCGGUCUCAGCAACCAGUCAGAGGACAAUCGAGAGUCCAAACUGGAUUUGUCGUUCCACAACAACAAGAAUAAAUUGAAGAUGAACGACAUGUCUGAUGGUAGUGACUUGGAAGAUGUUAACACAUCUAGCGGCACAGAUCUAGACACCACCACUGGCACAGUGUCUGGCUCAGAUCUGGAAAGUGAGGAAGAGAGUGAACGGGAGAAGAGCAGGAGGAAACCAGUGCAGGAGAGCAAGCAGGACGAAGUGAGCAGCAGUUUAGUAUCUGUCUCCAGUUCAGGGAACCUCCCUUGCGAGCGUCCUUUCCUCUCCUCUCAGCAUUCCUUUUUCCCUCCGCCAGAAGAGCAAGCACUUCCACCCUCCGGGGCCACCACUGACUCCAUUAAAGCCAUUGCCUCCAUUGCAGAAAAGUAUUUUGGCCCAGGCUUAAUGGGCUUGCAGGAGAAGAAGAUGGGCACCUUAAACUACCAUUCCAUGUUGCCUUUCCAGUUUCUGCCCAACUUCCCACAUUCCUUGUACCCAUUCACAGACAGAGCACUCAAUCCUGGCAUGUUCUUCAAACCUGAGCCUAAAUCCCCUCGUGAGCACAUACAGAAAUUACCUACAGCCACUGGUGCGGAUUCACCCUUUGACCUAACCACCAAACCUAAGGAGAUCAAACCUCUUCCUCCACCCCCCAGCAAGCCAGCCUUGCCGUCCAAUACCCCCUUGGCCCCUGGCGAGGAACAACCUCUGGACCUCAGCAUAGGCAGUCGAAGCCGAGCCAACCAGAAUGGCGGCACACACAAUCAGCGCAAGAAUCACGUCUAUGGCACAAACUGCAAAGCACCUAAAGAUGAACACCUAAAACUAACUCAGUCCCAGAACUUGCACCAGCCCCAGAUGCCUCAGCCACAAGCAUCCCUUCCCCAGCCACCUCCUCCCCAGCAGCAGCCAUCGCUCCACUACGCCAAGCCCUCGCCAUUCUUCAUGGACCCCAUCUACAGCAGGGUGGAGAAGAGGAAGCUAAUAGACCCAAUAGGAGCUCUAAAGGAGAAGUACUUGAGGCAGGCACCACUACUUUUCCAUCCUCAGGUGUCUGCAAUGGAAAACAUGACUGAGAAGUUGGAAAGCUUUAGCGCUCUGAAACUGGAUGCUCCCAAUUCCCUCCAGCACUCCUCACACCACCUUUUUAACUUCCGCUCCCCACCUCCCUCUCUCUCCGAUGCUAUCUUACGCAAAGGCAAGGAGCGAUACACCUGCAGGUACUGUGGGAAAAUCUUUCCCAGGUCAGCUAAUCUUACAAGGCACUUACGAACACACACAGGAGAACAACCCUACAGAUGUAAAUACUGUGACCGUUCAUUCAGCAUCUCCUCCAACCUCCAGCGACAUGUUCGUAACAUUCAUAACAAGGAAAAGCCUUUCAAGUGCCACCUUUGCAAUCGCUGCUUCGGUCAACAGACCAAUCUGGACCGCCACUUAAAGAAACAUGAGCAUGAGAAUAUUCCAGUGAGUCAGCAGUCUGGGAUCCUCUCAAAUUUAGGAACAAAUAUUUCCUCACCGAACUCUGAGUCUGACAAUCAUGCACUUUUGGAUGAGAAGGAGGACUCGUAUUUCUCAGAGAUUAGGAACUUCAUCUCCAAUAGUGAGCUGAACCAGGCCUGUAGCUCCUCGGAGAAAAGAUCAGAGCUGACGGAGGAGGAUCAGAGUCACACCCGUGCCACCUCAAAACUGGCGGAGGAAGAUGAGGAGAUGGAGGGAGAUGAUGAAGAUGAGGAAGGCUCGUUGACAGAAAAGUCACAGGAUGAGACGGCCUCUCCCGUCACUAUGGUGCAGGGCACUUAUGACGAGGAUGAGGAGCCGACCCCUCUCCCUAUGUCUUACGAACACACACGCAGGUGUAUUGAGGAGGAUGCAGGCCUAUUAGAUCUGGAACCUCUGGCUGGUUUCCCCAAAGGCCUGGAGUUCCAUAAGGCUGGCGAGGAACCCUAUGACAUUAAAGACAUUUUUAGCACCUCGGUAGAGUCGGAGGCACUGAAAGAAACACUUUUCAGGCAGGCUAAAACACAGGCUUAUGCAAUGAUGCUCUCUCUGUCUGAGAACACCAAUCUGCAUUCAUCCUCACAGAACUCCUUGGAUGCCUGGCUCAACAUGGGAGGUGGGCCGUCGGAGACGAGCUCCUUUCACCCCCUCAACAACAUCUGAGAACACCAACAAGACAAAAGAGAGAUGGAGGGAGAAAGGAGGAGAGGGCAAGAGACCAACAUGAAGAUGCGUCACAAAAAGCUUGUGAAGACCAGCAAUGCCACAGUAGAUGAACCACCACUAUGCGCGUGAGGAGGAGAACGUACUGUUGAGUGAAACAGACACAGACGGGAGAGUUUUAUAACACGAGUGAACUCACCGAAUCCCAGCCAUACAGCAUCUUUCCUGUCUGCAACUAGCCACUAUAGUGAUGCUCUCUCCUCAUCAGCUGAUUCAAGAGGGAGCCAUGCAUUCGAAUGACUCUGAAAUCACCUCUCCACCUCAUUUUCAAUGAUAUGCAUUUCACAGAGACUGCUCUCAAGUCAAGGGUCUUCUCGGAGAAGCCCAAGAAGGCUUGAGUGGACAGAGUAGUUGAGUGUUUCUUCAACUGGAGAUUUGAACCGUUUCUACGCAGCAUUCCAUUCUCACGUUGAUUUUCUACAGCACUGUAUCAAGGUUUCCUUUAUUAACUCGCAGCCGUCUUACAGUAGAUCAUUAUAGUAGACAUCAACAUUGAUUUCCAAUGGCAAUAGAAGCACUUAAGUCUAGCCCACAACUAGCAUGCUAACUUCCCCCCAAGGCUGAAUACAGUUUGUAAGCCACUGUCUCAAAAGGUAAAUGCUGGAAGUCACUGAGAAACCUCUGAGAUUUGUGUUGGGCUGUGCGAUUUUGUCUCGUCCCCAGCCGGAUCUUCAUACGAUAAAUCACUCAGCACGGUUGUUCAUGUGUAUAGCAUCCCGGUCAUUGUAAUUAUUGUUGUAAUUAGUGUUUUAGCUGUACACAACCUUUAGUCCCAACUGAAAGUUUGUUUUUAAGAGUUAAAUUAUUCUCCAGUGGGGCAAUUAGAAAUCUUUUCUUUUUCUUGCAUUCAGUAAUAUUAUGAUUUUUUUUUUUCUAUGUGAUUUGUUCUUCAGUAAGCAGUAUUGUUUCUUUUUGAGCACAUCUGUGCUUAAAUGUUAAUAUAAUUUUUUAGUGAAGGACCAAAUUUGUACAAUAUUGUUGUAUGAUGGACAGUUAACCGUUGGUAGCAGAGAGUGUUGUGUGCCAAAACCCCCUUUUUUUUGACAAUCAUUACUUUCCUGAGUGGUCGCCUCCCCCCAAAUAUUGAUGAGUGUUUGUCUUUUAUUUAUUCUUUUUUUUAAAUGAAAGAAAUGAAGAAAAAAAAUGAUUUACCCACUCGUUUGAAGGAAUGAAAUUACUGUAAUAUCGUGGAAAUUCAGAAUUGUUCAAGCUCUUCAUAGUAUGGAAGCCCGUUUCCGCCACUGAAUAAAAAUUAAAAAAAAGGUUGUUGCGACUUUUUAUCUCAC